UGCCCUCUGCAUUUCCGAGUGGGACGUCGCUCAAAUUCUGGCAACGGUGGAUUUAUAAAUAUAUACACGUAGAGCAUGCUCCUUCCGUCAGUGAUGCUCGGAUAAAUGUUCAAAAUCAAGAAAAUGAACAAGGUGAUCAAAGGAAUAGCACAGUCUUCGGUUUAUUACAAGGACUUCCAUCGAGGCUUUCAGAGUCUUUGGGAAUCAACCGCAUUCGUGAUCUGAAAUUGCACCAUGUUCGGUCACUUGAAAUUUUGAACGGCACUUGUGAGGAGAUAAAACAUUUAAAUAAUGAAGAAUUGAAGAGAUAUAAACUAUAUGAAACAGUAUUCAAUGCUGUUGAAAAUGGGAUUGUUGAGAUCGUUAUUUCUUUAUGCAAAGCCAAACCAGAGUUAUUGGUCAGAAAAAGACCAAGGAAAGGACCAGACGAAAAGUUCACAUUUCCAAGGUCCAUAACAAGAACGUCCAUAAAUCAAGAGGCCACAUUUGAGGAGUCCAUAUUUCAUUACGCUGUUGAAUGCCGUCAAGAAAAAGUUUAUAGCCUUAUAUACGGGGCUGGUGAAAGAAAUUAUCUUGCGACUAUGAAUAAUAGUCGGGUGGAAAAAAUGCUAUAUCAUGCUGGGAAGUUAUCUCCAUUGGCAAAGGAAAAGCUUGAUUGUAUUCCGGGUGCAGCCUUGCAAAUGCAGAGAGAAAGGCAAUGGUACAAGGAGGUACAGAGCAUGGUUACAGCCCCGGGAGCCCCACCUUUUACAGAAUAUGGUUUGAAUGCCGUUAGAUUCUUUACCGAGGACCACAAGGAAUUGCAUGAGAAAGGAGAAAAGUGGAUGAAAGACACAGCAAGUUCUUAUAUCAUUGUCAGUGCCCUCAUUAUUACAAUCAUGUUUGCUGCAGCAUUCACAGUUCCGGGUGGCAACAAUCAAGAAACAGGGUUUCCCAUAUUCUUAAAUGAAAAGUUAUUUAUGGUUUUUGUAGUUUUAGAUGCAAUUUCGCUCUUUUCUUCUGUAACUUCAGCGUUGAUGUUUCUGUGCAUCCUUACAUCGCGUUAUGCUCAAGAUGAUUUUCUCAAAUCCUUACCCACAAAGAUGAUAAUAGGACUUUCCACACUCUUCAUCUCCGUUGCAACCAUGAUGGUUGCCUUCUCUUCUGCCAUAUUCCUCAUGCUUCGUGACAAAUCAUCGAUUAGUACUCCAAUAAUUUUCCUUGCUAGUGUUCCCGUCAUUUUAUUUGUUUGGAUGCAAUUUCCCCUUCUCCUUGAGAUUUUUGUGUCUACCUAUGGCGGAGGAAUAUUCGAUAGGAAAGUCAAACGUUGGAUAUAAAUUCUUGAUGGUGUAUGCAAUAUGUUGUGUAACUGAAGUAAUGUAAUGUUUGUCAGUUCUAAGAAAGCUUGUAUGCAGCGUACACACUAUGUGUGUGUUUGGUUUCUAUAAUAAAAUCCCCAUUGUUCAAUUUUUUUA